UUAAUGAAAAAAUAGAGGAAGGCUCAGAUUUCCUUACUUCCUGUGUCCACACUCAGCAGCCUCUUUCCGUUAUCUUUUCUGCUCUGCGUGACAAACUGAACCAAGCCAAAUAGUGUGUGUCGUCUGUUGGCAAUGGAAGGCACUGAGCAAACGAUUAGAGAGAGAACAACAGAAAGAGACGGGACUCAGGAGGCAGACCACAGGGUGUUGUUAACCAGCAAGCCUCUGCAUCGCUUUGUCCAGAGAGAGCCCAAAAGCCUUGGGAUUGUCAUCCUGAUAUUUGGCUGUAUAGAGAUCCUGAUGGGAUUUCAACUGGCCCGUGAAAAUGAACGAACCUCUACUUUUGCCUAUGUCCCCUUUUGGCAGGGAAUUCUGUUUAUCAUCUGCGGAACUCUGUCUAUCUACACUGAGGUACACCCGUCAAAGAAGAUGGUGACUGUGUGUUUGGCCAUGUAUGUGAUUUCCCUCUUGGGAAUCAUAGUCUCUGGUAGCUUCAGGCUGUUCUGCUUCAACCACUACAGCUACCUUUAUCACUGGGCAUCAUACCAAGAGCAUAAUAUUUGGGCCUACUACAGAGCAGAGCAGCUCUUUGGUGUUGAAGGCUUGCUGCUCGCUUCCUCUCUGUGCGUGUUUGUGCUUCUAAUCUUCUUGUGUACCGUUGCACGUCUAGCGCUGAAAUCAACACAGAAUCAGGUUAUCAUCCAGCGCAUAUCAUCACCACCACCACAGCAAAGUGACACCACGUCAGACUAAAAUCAGUCUUUUCAAGUAUUAUUCUGC